AUGACAUCAAGUUGCUACUUCGGGUUUGAUCGUAAACCGGGUUUAAAUGGCAAUAGUAUAUAUUUGAUGGCCGCUGAGGAUUGCGAUAACAAUAUCAAAACAGCGAGAGAAAUUACGCAAAAGGAAUUAAUGAUAGAUUCAAUGAAAAAUGCAACAAAUCCGAUUGCAGUUGAUAUCCGAUCGAAUAAUUAUUCAAAAAUGUGCAUCCCAGAUGACUCAGACAUGUUUAUUUCUAAUUUAGGAAUGAAUCAUACCGAUAAAACUGGAAAUAAAUUAACUAUUCGAGAUGAAAUUACAAAUGAAAAUGCAAAAAACGUAGCAGAACGAAAUAUUAUAUCGAUGUAUGCGAAACCAACGCUCAAUAAUAAUUAUGGCAUUAUUAAUGGCAAUUGGCAAAUUAAGGAAGACAAUGAUGGAAUGGAUAAGUUUAAUUAUCACAAUGUGCAAGCAGAAAGUGCCUAUAUUGGUAUGCCUAAUUUGUAUAAUUUUUCUAAUAUUAAAGGCCAGAAAAAUCAUUAUAAUAUUCGUCCACCAAAAUUUGAAAAAUAUGUAAUUGAAGAGCCAAUUGCGGAACAAGACGAAGAUACGGAAUAUAAAAUACCGGAAACAAAAGAACCAUAUAAAAAUAUUAUAAAUUCUCAGCAAUUUUCCGAUCAGAACGAUGCACAGACAUUUGAUAAUACAUCGGAGGCGUAUACAACGUAUAACUUUGAUGUCACUACAAUUGAAUCGGAAUAUGCUUUUAAUGUUGAACAAUAUGGCAAUAUUAAUGAGGAAUUUCCGUAUUCAAUUGAAAGUAAUAAAGCAGGAAUUUCGGCAAAUGAAGGAAAUUUUCCGAAUUCAUAUACUUCUAAGACUGAAACUGAUGGAGGAAAAGAUACUACUAGCACAAUGAUUGCAUCAAAGCAGCAUUAUAUUAAAUCAUAUUAUAAUGCUAAUGAUUUAAGCCAAUGGAAUAUUUAUUAA